CAGCCCACUCCGAGCAUGCGCACUCCCCGAUACCGCGAAGGGGGCGGGGCUAAAAAGAGUCGGCCUUUCUCUCUCUCUCUGAGGGAAAGCAUGAGGCCUGGGCCUUCUCUGCUGCUCGGCUUCGGCCUGCUUCUCCGCGCGCUCGGGAUCCGAGGAGGAGGCGAAGGGCUCGGGCUAAAGGAGCACUACGACGCCGAGGGCGAGCACCGGCCCGACUACGACCGGGAGGCGCUGCUGGGAGGCCAGGAAGAAGCCGAAGAAUUUGCCAAACUGAGUCCCGGGGAGCAACAGAAGCGGCUGAAAAGUAUUAUAAAGAAAAUCGACACCAAUCAUGACGGCUUCCUCACUGACGAGGAACUCCGUUCUUGGAUCCAGCGGUCCUUCCGGCAUUACAUUGUGGAAGACGCCAAGCAGCAGUUUGAGGAAUACGACAAGGACGGCGACGGAGCCGUUUCCUGGAAGGAAUACAAUAUUCAGAUGUACGACCGUUUAAUAGACUUCGAUGACGAUACGACCCUCGAUGACGCCGAAGAAGAAUCUUUUCGGCAGCUCCAUUUGAGGGACAAGAAGCGGUUCGAAAAGGCGAAUCAGGACGACAUUCCUGAUCUGAAUCUGGAUGAAUUCAUUGCCUUUGAACACCCGGAGGAAGCGGAAUACAUGAAGGAAUUUGUGAUUCAAGAGGCUUUGGAAGAACAUGACAAAAACGGGGACGGGUUUGUGAGCCUUGAAGAAUUCCUGGGCGACUAUAGAAGGGAUCCAACUGCCAGCGAAGACCCCGAAUGGAUCCAAGUCGAGAAGGACCGCUUCACAAACGAUUACGAUAAGGACCAGGAUGGGAGGCUCGACCCCAAAGAGCUCUUGAGUUGGGUGGUGCCUAAUAAUGAAGGCAUCGCUCAGGAAGAGGCCUCCCACCUCAUUGAGGAAAUGGACCAGGAUGGGGACCAAAGACUGACAGAGGUGGAAAUCCUUGCAAACCAGGAUCUCUUCCUCAACAGCGAGGCCACAGAUUACGGCCGGCAGCUGCAGGACGAGCGCUUCUACCACGAAGAACUGUAAUUCCCAAGAGACUCUGAAUAUAACGCAACCCUACGAAUUGUGUGCGGAUGUAAAAUAUAUCAAUAGAUACGCGCGCACUGGUUUUCAUUCCCGAAUGUCUUUGCGCAUCGCCCCUCGCCUUUAUCAUUUCGGGACUCCAAAGCUUGACUCUUGAAUGGAAACCGAUGUUUGCUUUUUCGGAAACUUACUUGAAAACGCCAAGGUUCAACUUGUGAUAGUGCAAACCCAUCACCACUAGUUCAGUAUUCGAUUUGGGAAAGGUGGAAGCCUUGGCUGGGUUUUUCCGUUCGUCGUCGUCCUUCUGUCUUAAGGAGGACCAGGGCUUUUCCUUACUUCUUAAGGUUUUCUGUUUAUAAUGAACUUUCAGUUUGUGGGUGUUUAUACGACCCAGAAAUGGUAUUUUUGCAGCCCGAUGGUUAUUUUCGAACCUUUAGCAGGUGUAUUUUAGGUCAGAACACUACCCGCAACAAAACACUCCAAUUAAAACCUUCACAAGUGUCA